CAUGAUCGAAAACCUAUGACUAUCACUGCAGUUAGAAAAAAUGUUGCCUUUCAGAAUCGACAUUUCUUUAAUAAGUAUGAAUUUCAUUUGAAUUUCAGGUUCAUUGAAGAAGCUAUUGAAAAACUAUCCCGUCAACACAUUCGCCAUAUCCAGGCAUAUGAUCCAAAACAAGGUAAAGACAACGAGAGGAGACUUACAGGACAACAUGAAACAUCCAGUAUUCAUGAUUUCUCAGCCGGUGUUGCCAACAGAGGUGCCAGUAUUCGGAUACCUCGCCAAGUGGCAGAAAAGAAGAUGGGUUAUUUGGAAGACAGAAGGCCAUCUUCAAACUGCGACCCAUAUGCUGUUGCUGAUGUCAUGAUUCGAACCAUCUGUUUGAAUGAGUAGAGUUUUAAUUAAUUACGAAAUAAACUGGGAAUUCCACAAUUUUUGUAUAACUCCAGUAUACAUUCGUGUAACAUGUAUUUUCAUGUUCCUAAAAUUUAACUGUUGAAAAGAGCGGUUUUAAAAUUUUCCACUGCCAGUUUUAGUCUGAAAAAAAUUCUGUGCGAGUAUUUUUACUAAAAGCAUUUUGAGGGCUAAAAUUUGGAGGAAAAAAAAAAAAAAA